AUGAAAAAGGUCAAGAAGAAAAGGUCAGAGGCCAGACGCCACCGAGAGUCUACUGGCCAGCAUCCUAGCUCCAACUCUACCUCUCAGCAGCCUAGCCCUGAGUCCACCCCACAGCAGCCUAGCCCUGAGUCCACCCCACAGCAGCCUAGCCCUGAGUCCACACCACAGCAGUCUAGCCUGGAAACCACCUCCGGGCAGCCAGCAUCCCAAGCCCUUCCGGCACCUGAAGUCCGCCGCUCCUCUCGGUGCCUGUUACCUCCAGAUGCUAAUGUGAAGGCAUCCCCUCAACCCAGGAAAGCAGGGCCUCUGACGCAUGCCGCCCCGCAUUCCUGCUCCUAUGCCACUUGCCCCUGCAGCUCUGCUUGCUGGCGUCGUCUGGGACUGUGCCAUAGCCGCAUCUUCGACGUCCUUCUGCCUCGGGACUGGCAGAUGGCACCAGGGAGAGGACUCCCCAACCUGCUCACCUUCUACAGAAGAUCUUCAAGGAAACCCUCCAGUCAUCGUAACGCGUGUCCUCCAAGCCCUCGGAACUGUGGCUGUGGCUCUGGGGGCUCUAGGAGCUGCCUACUACAUCAUUGA